AUGGAGGCAUCGGACUCUUAUCCAUCGUUACGUGGUCAACAUUUGCAUGAGGCGCAUUUCCAAUACUCUGAUAGGAUAAACGAUCAACACAUACGUUUGCUCGACCUUGAAUUCGGUCAUGACGACGAAAUUAUCUCUCUUGGUAUCAAAACGUAUAAGGUCAAUGAAUAUCCGCCAUACAUCGCACUCUCUUACACAUGGGGAGAUGCAAAAGACACAGUGAAUCUGUUAUGUAACGGAAAAACCAUCGCUGUGACACGAAAUCUUCACGAGGCUCUAUGGCAACUUCGAGAAAAUCGUAAAAGAUUAGCCAGACUCAAGCGCUAUACAAGGUCCCAUAACCAGCCCCUCCACUUCUGGAUCGAUGCUAUCUGUAUUAACCAGGGAAACAAUAAAGAAAAGAGCUUUCAAGUGGGUUUGAUGAGAGAAAUUUAUGAAUGGGCUGAUCAUGUCUUUGUAUGGUUAGGACCAGCAGACAAGAGCAGUGACGUAGCCAUUCGCUGCAUCGAAACCAUCGGAUCAAAGGCAGAAGCCUGUGGUUUCGAGGAUGGAACCGAACUAGGCGCGAAAAUAUGGCAUGAAAUCGAAUUUGUUUCUGGGGGAUAUCAGCGAGUGGUAUCGGCCAACCCAUGGUACGGUAACGCCAUGAAAAGCCUGUUCGAUUUCAUUAGCGGCAGGAGCAGUCAGAGUAACGUGCUACCAAUUACCGACUUGAAAAAUUUCUUCACCAGACCAUGGUGGACGAGGAUAUGGGUCUUACAAGAAGCUGCUCUUUCCAGGGAUACGCAUUUCAUUUGCGGAGCCCAAAGACUGUCAAGGACCCGUUGCAACGCUUUCAUACACAUGUAUGCGGCACUAUGGAAAGCCAAUGCUACUGCGUUCCGGAAAGAGCAAGCUCAGUUCACAAAAUAUCGCUUAGAUAUUAUGAGGCUUUUAUUUCACCACCGUCCUACCAUCAUGCUGACCAUGCCAAUGAUACACCGGGAUAACGCAUUCCAAUUGGUAGCCCUUCUUCGCGCGACGUGUGUCGGCAGCAUAAAUCUGAAACGACAUGGACCUCAUCACCUCGAAGCAAAAAGACCAGAAGACAAGAUCUUCGCCUUGCUAGGCCUGGCUGCAGACCGAGAGGAGUUGAAAAGUUUCGGCGUCGUCCCGAACUAUGAUAUUCCAUACGAACAAACCUAUACUACUACGAUGGUAGCGCUACUACAGCAGGGCCAUAUAUCCAUUCUCUCCAUGUGUCAAGCCUCAAGGUCACCAGACCUUCCAUCUUGGGUUCCGGAUUGGUCUCAAUCGGUAACAGAUAUGUUGCAAGAUGUGCGCAACGAUCAUAUGACUCUAUACCCAGAGUUCAGCUCCUCAGGCCCUCAUACAAACAGAAACUCGAUCAAGAUAUCCAAGGAAGCUGGAAUUGUAAAGUAUAUAUCACUAAAGUCUAUUCUUUUCGAUAAGAUCUAUCAAGUUGGUCGUUUCCCCAGCCGGAUUGACAGCAAAGAGGUGCCGCUUUUGGAGACGUGGAAAUGGCCUUCAGAGUGGCUUGUUGAGAUUUUACGUCUCAGUUAUUGCACAAAGAAAUUUUACAAGAGGUUUCGUGACCGAUUAUCCGCAAGUGCACGAACUGCAACCGGGGACGUUGCAAGGAACAGUGAAGGGGAACUUGUCCGGUCCGGGAAUGCCCACUUCGAUGAUGCUGUCGUCCUGCUGCGAGACGGAGUUAGGUUUAUUGGAAAUGGGCGCUUCAGAGUUGAGGCACAACGCUUCUUAGUUACUCAGACAAUAAACACAAAAUCUAAAGAUAGGGUAACAAACGAGCUUCCGUUGGCAUUCGAGAUCAUGGGAAGAAGCUUGGGACGGCUUCCUUUUGUGACGAAAAAGGGCCAUAUUGGGCUGAGUUCAGAUGACGUAAGGCAGGGUGAUGCGAUUGCGAUCAUUGAAGGAAGCCAAGUUCCUUUUGUGCUUCGGCCGCUGGAUAAAGGGCGGUUUAGCUUGGUAAGCGAAGCUUACGUGGAUGGCAUAAUGGAUGGUGAUGCUGCGGAAACUUCGAAAUUCAGUUAUAUCACUUUGAGAUAA